ACGUGAUUGUUUCGUUCUAUACCUAGAAUUAUAUAUUAGAUCUAUGUUACAUGUAGAUAUAUAGAUCUAGAUCUAGAAUUUUGGUAGCUGUUCUGGAUUGCGUGAAAAAUAACAAUACUUAUAGAUUAAAGCAAAUCAAUUUUGCAUGACAGAAUGGCGGACGCCACAGCUCGUUCGCUUCAGUAUGAAUAUAAAGCGAACUCCAAUCUUGUCUUGAGUGUAGACAGGACACUCAUAGAUAGAAGAGCCAGAGAUGAGGCCACUGGGGAAGUUAUGUCUCUUGUUGGUAAACUUACCAACACAAGAAUGGGAGAUAAAGCACUCAAAAGCAAACCUCCAAUGAUGGAAGAAAGAAAAUUGAAGCGAAGGAAGAGAGAUGAAGCACAGCAUGACAUGAUCAAAAUGAAAGGAACAACUUUGCUUUCUGAAGGCAUUGAUGAAAUGGUGGGAAUAUUAUACAGACCUAAAACAACAGAGACUCGACAGACUUAUGAAGUUUUGUUAAAUUUCAUUCAAGCAGCCCUUGGAGAUCAGCCUAGGGAUGUCUUGUGUGGCGCAGCUGAUGAAGUAUUAAUAGUGCUUAAAAAUGACAGAAUGAAAGAUAAAGAAAAAAAGAAGGAAGUUGAAAAUCUUUUAGGGGAAUUAGCAGAUGAAAGGUUUGCACUUCUAGUCAAUUUGGGAAAGAAAAUAACAGACUGGAGUCAAGAAGAAAAGGUUCAAACAAGUGAAACUAUUGACUUCGAUGAAACCUAUGGUGUCAAUGUGCAGUUUGAGGAGUCUGAUGAUGAGGAUACAGGAAAUUUAUAUGGUGAGGUACAAGAAGAAGGUGAUGGAGAAGAGGACAACGAAGGAGAGGAGGCAGCUUUUGAUGCUACAUUACAUGCUAAUUUAUCAGAGGAGGAUAAAAACAAAAAAGAUAGAGGUUUGCAACCUCGUGAAAUUGAUGCCUUUUGGAUCCAACGUAAAAUUAGCAAAUUCUACCCUGAUGAUCCAAACAUGGCCCAAAGUAAAGCUAAUGAAGUCUUAGAAAUAUUAAAGACUGCUGGGGAUGACAGAGAGGCAGAGAAUAAACUUGUGAUGUUACUUGAUGUUUCACAUUUUGAAUUCAUCAAAGUCUUGAGACAAAACAGACAAAUGAUUCUAUAUUGCACUCUGUUGGCCCAAGCACAAACAGCAUCAGAAAAGAAGAAAAUUGAGCAGAAAAUGUCUAAUGAUCCAGAGCUGUCUAUUAUUUUGAAGUCGCUGAAAGCCACAGACCAAGAUGAUAUUGUCAGUGAAGAGAGGGCCCGAAGACAGCAGGCCAGACAGUCACGUGUGGCUGCUGACAUUGAAGCUAUGGAUGUGGAUGAAGAGGAAGAGGUUGGUCCUGUACAAACACUUUAUCUAGAAGACUUAGUUUUCUCACAAGGCAGCCACCUCAUGGCCAAUAAAAGGUGUCAGCUACCUGAUGGCUCCUACAGAAAACAAAGAAAGGGAUAUGAAGAAGUUCAUGUUCCAGCUUUAAAGCCUAAACCAUUUGACAAUGAGGAGACUUUGGUUUCUAUUGAUCGACUGCCCAAAUAUGCACAAGCAGCUUUUGAGGGAUUUAAAAGCUUAAAUCGUAUUCAGAGUAGACUAUUCCAAGCAGCCAUUGAAAGUGAUCGAAAUCUACUGCUGUGUGCUCCAACAGGUGCUGGUAAAACUAAUGUUGCUUUAUUGACAAUUAUGAGAGAGAUUGGCAAGCAUGUGAAUGCUGAUGGGACAAUUAAUGCUGAUGAUUUCAAAAUUAUCUACAUUGCCCCAAUGAAGUCUCUGGCUCAAGAAAUGGUUGGCAAUUUUACUGAGCGUUUGUCUUCCUACAAUCUGAAAGUUCAAGAGUUGACAGGUGACCAUCAAUUGACAAGAGAACAAAUUGCUGCAACACAAGUGAUUGUGUGCACACCAGAAAAGUGGGAUAUUAUUACACGAAAGGGAGGAGAAAAGACCUACACUCAGUUUGUCAAGCUGGUCAUAUUUGAUGAAAUUCAUCUUCUUCAUGAUGAUAGAGGCCCUGUUUUGGAAUCUCUGGUUGCAAGGACUAUUCGUACCAUUGAAACGACUCAAGAAGAUAUCCGACUUGUAGGCCUCAGUGCAACAUUGCCUAACUAUGAAGAUGUUGCUGCAUUUUUGAGAGUGGACCCAAGAGAAGGGCUUUUCUUUUUUGACAACAGCUUCCGUCCUGUUCCUCUGGAGCAACAGUUUAUUGGUAUCACUGAGAAAAAAGCAAUUAAACGUUUCCAACUUAUGAAUGAUAUUGUCUAUGAAAAGGUGAUUGAACAUGCUGGAAAGAAUCAGGUCUUGGUGUUUGUCCAUUCAAGGAAGGAGACAGGAAAGACUGCCAGAACUAUUAGAGAUAUGUGCUUAGAGAAAGAUACUUUAGGUCUUUUCAUGAAAGAAGGCUCAGCAUCUACUGUUGUAUUGAGACAAGAAGCAGAACAAGUCAAGAGUAGUGAAUUAAAAGAUUUACUCCCCUAUGGCUUUGCAAUUCAUCAUGCUGGAAUGAACAAAGUUGACCGCAAGCUGGUGGAAGACUUGUUCAGUGACAGACACAUUCAAGUUCUCAUCUCCACUUCAACUCUUGCAUGGGGUGUGAAUCUGCCUGCACACACUGUCAUUAUCAAGGGAACUCAGAUUUAUAGUCCAGAGAAAGGACGUUGGGUUGAGUUGAGUGCUCUAGAUGUGUUACAGAUGCUUGGUAGAGCUGGGCGUCCUCAGUAUGACACCAAGGGAGAAGGUAUCAUGAUAACCAACCACAGUGAACUUCAGUAUUAUUUAUCUUUGAUGAACCAGCAGUUACCUAUUGAGAGUCAGUUCAUCAGUAAACUUGCUGACAAUCUGAAUGCUGAAGUAGUCCUGGGUUCUAUUCAUAACAUUAAAGAAGCUGUGGAUUGGCUUGGAUACACAUAUCUUUACAUUCGAAUGCUUCGAAAUCCAACCUUGUAUGGUGUGUCACAUGACUUACUAAAAGAGGAUCCCCUGUUGCAACAGAGGAGAAAAGAUCUUGUUCACACUGCUGCUUGCAUGCUUGACAAAAAUGGAUUGUUGAAAUAUGACAGAAAGACAGGCAACCUUCAGAUGACUGAACUUGGACGUAUUGCUAGCCACUAUUACAUCACCAAUGAAAGUAUGGCCACUUACAACCAGUUGUUAAAGCCAACUUUGAGUGAGAUAGAAUUGUUCAGAGUUUUCUCCCUUUCAUCAGAAUUCAAGUAUAUUGUUGUCAGAGAGGAAGAGAAACUGGAGCUGAUGAAAUUAUUGGAAAGAGUCCCAAUACCAAUCAAAGAAAGUAUAGAAGAGCUAAGUGCCAAGGUGAAUGUUCUUCUCCAAGCCUAUAUCUCACAACUGAAAUUGGAAGGUUUUGCUUUGAUGGUAGAUAUGGUGUACAUUACUCAGUCUGCUGGUCGACUUAUGAGGGCAAUAUUUGAAAUCUGUUUACAUCAUGGCUGGGCCCAGCUGGUGGACAAAGCUCUGGCAUUGUGUAAAAUGGUGGAUAAGAGAAUGUGGCAGUCAAUGACACCUCUCAGACAGUUUAGAAAGAUCCCUGACCAAGUCAUCAAGAAAAUUGAAAAGAAAAACUUUCCAUUUGAGCGUCUGUAUGAUCUGAAUCACAAUGAAAUUGGAGAACUGCUCAGGCUGCCAAAAAUGGGAAAACCCAUCCACAAGUACAUUCGCCAGUUUCCACGUUUAGAACUUUCUGUACACAUUCAGCCCAUCACCAGAUCUACAUUGAAAGUUGAACUUACGAUCACACCAGACUUUCAGUGGGAGGAAAAACUUCAUGGCCAUUCCGAGGCUUUCUGGUUACUAGUUGAAGAUGUUGAUAGUGAAGCCAUUCUUCAUCAUGAAUACUUUCUAUUGAAAAGUAAAUUUGCCACUGAUGAACAUGUGCUGAAGUUUUUUGUGCCAGUUUUUGAACCUCUUCCACCUCAGUAUUUCAUUCGAGUCAUCUCUGAUAGAUGGAUUGGUUCAGAAACUCAACUUCCUGUAUCAUUCCGUCAUCUGAUAUUACCUGAGAGAUACCCACCACCCACUGAAUUGUUGGACCUACAACCACUGCCCAUUACUGCUUUGAGAAAUCCUAAAUUUGAAUCUUUGUACAGUAAAAAGUUCCCUAUUUUUAACCCCAUUCAAACACAAGUGUUCAAUGCUAUCUACAACAGUGAUGAGAAUGUGUUUGUUGGAGCUCCCACUGGUAGUGGUAAAACUAUUUGUGGUGAAUUUGCAGUCCUAAGAAUGUUUUCCCAGAACCCUGAAGGUAGAUGUGUGUAUGUAGCUCCAUUGGAUGCUCUUGCUCAACAGAUCUAUGUGGAUUGGCACAAUAAGUUUGCUGGAAUUCUGGGUAAAAAAGUUGUUCUACUCACUGGUGAAACUGGCACAGAUUUGAAACUUUUAGCCAAGGGCAACAUUGUCAUCUCCACCCCAGAGAAAUGGGAUGUUUUAUCUCGAAGAUGGAAGCAGAGAAAAAAUGUUCAAAAUGUGAAUCUCUUUAUUAUUGAUGAGCUUCAUUUGAUUGGUGGUGAAGUUGGACCUGUUCUUGAAGUAAUUUGUUCUCGUAUGCGCUACAUCUCAUCCCAACUGGAAAGAAACAUCAGAAUUGUUGCACUGAGCUCAUCAUUGUCCAAUGCCAAAGAUGUGGCCCAAUGGUUGGGUUGUCCAACUUCAGCAUUUUUUAACUUCCACCCCAAUGUUAGACCUGUUCCAUUGGAGCUUCACAUUCAGGGAUUCAACGUUUCCCACAAUGCCUCUCGUGUUAUUGCCAUGGCCAAGCCUUCCUAUCAAGCAAUAAUUCGACAUUCUCCCAAGAAACCAGUGAUUAUCUUUGUGCCAUCUCGUAAGCAAACCAAACUGACAGCCAUUGACAUCCUAACUUGUGCUGCAGCGGAGAUGCAGUCUGGUGGAGAUGGCAAGCCUUACAACAGAUUCCUGCAUGUUCAGGAGGAAGAUUUAGCUCCAUUCCUUGAGAAAAUCACUGAUUUGACACUUAAAGAAACACUUGCUAAUGGUGUUGGAUAUCUUCAUGGAGGCCUCUCUGAAAUAGAAAGAAAAUGUGUGGAGCAGUUGUUCACAUCUGGUGCUGUGCAGGUUGUUGUGGUAGCCAGAGGUCUGGCUUGGGGAAUCAACGUUUCAGCCCAUUUGGUAAUAGUCAUGGACACACAGUACUAUGAUGGAAAGAUGCAUUCUUAUGAGGAUUACCCAGCACAUGAUGUUCUGCAGAUGAUUGGAAAGGCAAACAGACCACUGUUGGAUAAAGAAGGUAAAGCUGUCAUCAUGUGUCAGAGUUCAAAGAAAGAAUUUUUCAAGAAAUUUUUGUAUGAGCCUUUACCUGUGGAGAGUCAUUUAGAUCAUUGUCUCCAUGACCAUUUUAAUGCUGAAAUUGUGACUAAAACAAUUGAGAACAAACAGGAUGCUGUAGACUACUUAACUUGGACCUUCAUCUACAGACGCAUGACUCAAAACCCUAAUUACUACAACUUGCAAGGUGUGUCCCAUCGUCAUCUGUCAGAUCACUUAUCAGAAAUUGUAGAAAACACAAUCAAUGAUCUGGAGCAAUCAAAGUGCAUCAAUGUUGAGGAAGACUUUGAUGUUUAUCCACUCAACCUGGGCAUGAUUGCUGCUUACUACUACAUUAACUAUAAAACUAUUGAACUGUUCAGUAUGUCUUUGAACAACAAAACAAAGAUAAAGGGACUUAUUGAAAUUGUGGCCAGCGCUGAUGAAUAUGAGAGUAUGCCAAUUAGACAUGGAGAGCCAACAAUCCUCAAACAGUUGGGAAGCCGUUUGCCUAACAAAAUCACAAAUGCUAAGUUCAAUGAUCCACACGUCAAAACCAACUUGCUCUUACAAGCUCAUUUGUCUCGUAUGCAACUGUCUGCUGAGUUACAGAGUGAUACAGAAGAUAUUCUCAAUAAGGCCAUACGUCUGAUACAAGCUUGUGUGGAUGUUUUAAGUAGCAAUGGCUGGCUAAGUCCUGCUUUAGCAGCUAUGGAACUUGCUCAGAUGGUCACCCAAGCAAUGUGGUCAAAGGAUUCCUCUCUAAAACAACUUCCACAUUUCACUGCGGACAUCAUCAAAAGGUGUCAAGAGAAGAAUCUGGAGUCCAUCUUUGACAUCAUGGAGAUGGAAGAUAAAGACAGAAGUGAACUUCUUCAGUUAAGUGAGUCAGAAAUGGCAGAUGUAGCUCGAUUCUGUAACAGAUACCCCAAUAUUGAACUUACUUAUGAGGUGCAGGACAAGGACAGCAUUCGCAGUGGUUCUAACAUUAAUGUUACUGUGACCUUGGAGAGAGAGGAUGAAAUUACUGGCCCUGUCAUUGCUCCUUUCUUCCCACAGAAACGUGAAGAAGGCUGGUGGGUAGUGAUUGGCGAUCCCAAAAACAAUUCCCUUCUGUCCAUCAAACGUCUGACUCUUCAGCAAAAGGCCAAGGUGAAGUUAGAUUUUGUGGCCCCAGCCCAUGGAAGAUACAACUACGUCAUCUUCUUCAUGAGUGAUGCCUACAUGGGCUGUGACCAGGAGUACAAGUUCACAGUGGAUGUGAAGGAAGGAGAGAGUGACAGUGACAGUGAUUGAACACAUUCACUUCAAUACCUUCAAACUCUGUUGUUGAAUUAUUUUCAAGGACAAUAUUUUAAACAUGCCACAAAAAUUGAAUUUAUUGUUAUAUGCAUUUUGUAAAGUCUAUUUUCUGUUCAUUUGUUUUUUGUUGUUAAACAAAAAAUGAGGAUUGUAGUUUGUAUGGUAUUCAAUAUGAACUUUUAAAACUAGCGUACAGUUGUUUUCUAGUUGUUGAAAUAUGAUACGUUUUGCUACAACAUGUUGUUUUCUUCAUUAAACUAAAUAAAACUAAAAAUUCAAAUCUCAUCCAUUUCAUGAUCAACUUUGUUCUAAGUAUUUGUUACUUUGGAAAAAACAAUUUUGUGAGAUCAAGUUCAAUGUAGACUUUACCCAGAGCAACAAAGUAAUGUCUUGUCAUUUGUAUUGAAUGUUAGGUAUAAAACUUGUAUGUAAAUGAA